GUUCAAGGUGUUAGGAGUGCGCGCCAUCGUGAACUGCCCAGAGUCGCCGCGGGGCUGCUGGCGUGUGCGGCCUCCGCACGAAGGGAGUGCAUACCCAUGAUUGCUAGACGCAGUCAACGCGCGGUAGAGAACUGCGCGCUGCCUGAGGAUAUACUGAGAGCUAGAUAUGCUCCCACAAAUUUAACCUUGUAUUUGUAGGGCGCAGUUUGAGAGCACUUGGAGUACAUCAAUUUAUCAAUUCCACGAUACUAUCCCGCUACAUUAUAUUGUGGCAGUAUCCCGUCACCAACCCUUAAAUGCGAUGACAACUGUGGGAAGAUUGGACCGUAAUCAGGUCACAUAUCCCAGCCAUGUCGCCCAGCAAGCUGUCCAGAUCGGAGGAGCAGCCUCAAUUCCUGGUUUUGUGAUAGGUGCCUUCACUGGUACUCUACGUACAUCAACUCCUAUCCUUUUCUCCCUUGUCUCUGGCAUCCAAUGGUUUGCCCUAGGAACCACCUUCUGGGCCGUCAGGACCUCGGUGCUCAACCAUGUCGGCCUUCAGAAUUGGUGGAAUUCCACUCGAGGUGCACCGAUUUUACCACGGACCGAUCUCUCUCCUUCCCACUCAGAUAGACUCCGUGCCAGUACCAUCUCUGGCGGAGUCACAGGUGCUGUCCUAGGAGCGCUCUUCCGGGGACCUCGAAACAUCAUUCCGGGAACCAUCAUGUUUACUUUAUUCGGCUUCGGGGGCCAACAUGCAUAUGACUUUCUGGAUCAAAAAAAUACCGAGCAGGUUCAGAAAGAUGAUGUCACGGAAGAGGGAGCCAAGGAGAAAGGAACUUGGUUACAAAGGGCAGCGAAGAGCAAAUGGAGCCCGAUGAAGGUGUUGAGUGACGAAGAAUAUCUGGAGAUGAUGAAUGAGAAGGUUCUCAGUGUCGAGGCGGAGAUCGCAUUACUUGAUGAUAAGAUCGAAGAGCUCAGAAAGCAACAGAAGGAGUUGGAGAAGUCGAAGCCAUCUGAAAACGAAAAGAAAUGAAUUCACUCGAAACAAGAAUUUCAAAGGGCUCGAACAUGAUAUAAAUAACAGAGUCAUGUAACUAUAUAUGUACAUUAUGUACUUCGCUUGGAGUACCUCCAUCGACUGGCCAGGCCAAUUGUAGUAUAAUGUGGACCUGCAGUUAUACAACCAUCCUUAGACACCCAUGGAGUAUUGUCAUACGAUGUCGUUGGCCCCCGAGUCAGCUAACAAACCGUGGCCUGGACCCAUUUAAGAGCACACUGGACUGUUCCCAGGCCUUGCUGCCGCAUUGCUCGGAUUCGUCU